AAAUCAUAACUUUAAAACAAAAUUCGAAAACUUGAUUAGAGCUUUCUUCAUGAUGCGUAAAAUUUAGUUCCAGUAAUUAGAACUGAGAUCGAUCUGGGAAGUACUCUGUUCUCAGUACCCACUCCGCAUGAACCUCAGCUGUCGAGAUCUCGUCAAUCACAACGAUCGUCUAGUUAGUUUACUCAAUGUCUGCAGAAAAGCUCCUUCCUUUGCAAGGACCAAAGCUCUUCACGCUCUCUCCAUCACGUUAUGCUAUGCCCUUCAGCAGCCUGUUUAUAUCUCCAACAACAUUAUCUGUCUUUAUGAGAAGCUUGGCGAUGUAUCUUUUGCAGGCAAAGUGUUUGAUCAAAUGCCUGAGAGAAAUAAAGUGUCUUUCAACACGAUCAUCAAAGGGUACAGCAGAUGCAGGGAUGCAGAGAAAGCCUGGGGUGUAUUCUCUGAUAUGAGGUAUUCUGGAUAUUUGCCGAAUCAGUCAACAGUGAGUGGUUUAUUGUCCUGUGCAUCGUUUGAUGUUUAUGCUGGAACUCAGUUACACGGUUUGAGCUUUAAGUAUGGCUUGUUUAUGGAUGAUGCUUAUGUUGGUACUUGUUUGUUGUGUUUGUAUGGGAGGCUUGAGUUGCUGGAAAUGGCGAAACAGGUUUUUGAUGAUAUGCCGUUUAAGAGCUUGGAAACAUGGAACCAUAUGAUGUCUUUGUUGGGGCAUCGUGGUUUUCUCAAAGAAUGCAUGUUUCUGUUCCGUGAGCUUGUUAGGAAGGGGGCUUGUUUAUCUGAUUGCUCUUUCUUGGGUGUAUUGUCGGGUGUUUCUUGUGAAAAUGACUUGGUAAUAUGCAAACAGUUGCACUGCUCAGCAAUGAAAAAAGGGUUAGCUUGUGAAAUUUCCGUCGUUAACUAUCUCAUCAGUAAAUAUGGAAAAUGUGGCAACACACAUAUGGCAGAGAGAAUGUUUGAGGAGGCAGGUUCCUGGGAUGCAGUGUCAUGGAACUCCAUAAUUGGUGCAACAGCCAAAGGUGAGAACCCUUUAAAAGCACUCAAACUCUUUGUAAGUAUGCCAGAGCAUGGGUUUUCCCCGAACCAAGGUGCAUAUGUUAGUGCUCUUAGUGCGUCUUCUCAUAUGCAGAUAUUUAGUUUCGGAUGCCAGAUUCAUGGCACGCUAAUCAAGAAUGGCUUUGAAACUGACAUUCUUUUAGGGAAUGCACUAAUCGACUUUUAUGCUAAAUGUGGUAGUCUGGAAGGUGCCCGCCUAUGCUUCGACUCUGUACGUGAUAAGAACAUUGUAUGUUGGAAUACAUUGCUUUGGGGUUAUGCCAAUAAAGAUGGUUCCAUUUGUCUCUCUUUGUUUCUUCAAAUGCUUCAAAUGGGUUUCAUGCCAACUGAAUAUACUCUUUCGACAGCACUUAAAUCAUGUUGUGUCAUUGAGUUACAACAGCUGCACUCUGUUAUUGUGAGAAUGGGAUAUGAAAAUAAUGAAUAUGUGUUAAGCUCUCUCAUGAGAUCCUACGCCAAGAAUCAACUGAUGAGUGAUGCUCUUCUUCUGCUGGAUUGGUCUAGUGGGACAUCUUCUGUUGUCCCACUUAACAUUGUCGCCGGAAUGUAUAGCAGAACAGGUCAGUACCAUGAAUCUGUGAAGCUGAUUUCGACAUUAGAACAACCCGACACUGUAUCUUGGAACAUUGCAAUAGCAGCUUGCUCCCGUUCUGAUAAUUAUGGAGAAGCUAUUGAACUUUUCAAACACAUGCUUCAAUCAAACAUUCGCCCUGAUAAUUACACAUACGUUAGUAUCUUAAGUUUGAGCUCUAAGCUCUGUGACCUUACGCUUGGGAGUUCUAUUCACAGUGGAAUCAUCAAAACAGAUUUCAGCCGUGCUGACACAUUUGUUUCCAAUGUAUUGAUUGACAUGUAUGGGAAAUGCGGAAGCAUUAGGAGUGUAAUUAAAGUCUUUGAAGAAACAAGAGACAAGAAUCUCAUUACAUGGACGACACUGAUUUCGUCUCUUGGCAUCCAUGGAUAUGGACGUGAGGCAUUUAAAAUGUUUAAGCAAUCGCUAUCUCUAGGUUUUAUGCCAGAUCGAGUCUCUUUCAUCUCUAUGCUAACUGCUUGCAGACAUAGUGGAAUGGUAAAAGAAGGAAUGGAUUUGUUUCAGAAAAUGAAGGUUUAUGGUGUUGAACCAGAAAUGGAUCAUUAUCGUUGUGCCGUUGAUCUUUUGGCUAGAAAUGGUUACCUAAAGGAAGCCGAGCAUCUGAUUCAUGGAAUGCCAUUCCCUGCAGAUGCACCUGUAUGGCGUACGUUUCUUGAUGGUUGCAAUCGAUUUGCAGAAGAACAGAGAAACACUCUCAAUGUCGUCUCUUUUCAGUAGUUGAAGAAAGUAGAAUUGCAAAAGAAGUGUAAAUUUUGAUAUUUAUCUGUUGUUUCUCUUGCAACGUUCAUAUAUUUAUACGAUCAAAAUGAAAACUUCAGAGUU